GAUACUUUGGUCUAAGCAGCAUUUGUCCAGAAGAUGGCGCCAGCACCAGCGGCCACGCAAGCGCCAAAGGCGUCAGUGCACACAGCAACAACCAACCCCCCCCCCCCCACCCCGCAAAAAAAGGGGGCGUACCGUUCCGGACGGAGCCCGGGCUGCGACGAGUCUCUGCGGUGCCAGGCGGAGGAGAGCGACCCCGCGAUUGCUGCGCUUCGUCGGCGUCUUUACGCACAAGGAGCGCUCGUUGGAAUCACCGCGCGGAUGACGCUCCGACACACCUUCCACGGGUGGGAACCACUCAGGGAGAUGAACCGGGCUGCAGAAUCACUCGCUCGGCGUUAUUAGCCCGCGACGUUAAAAAUAAGAAGAAGGGGAGAGAAAGGAAGAAAAAAAAAAAGAAAAAAAACAAGCAAGCCUCUUGUGGACUUGUGAAGUCCAAGCCAACAUGUCCAGAACCCUGAAGAAGAAGAAACACUGGUCCGGUAAGGUGGUGGAGUGCGCGGUGUCGUGGGGCAACCUGGGCGACUUCGGCUCCGUGGUGGAGGUGCUGGGGGGCGCCGAGCUGGGCCAGUUCCCUCACUUGGGCCAGAUGAAGCUGGACGUGCUGGUGUGCCACGUCGGGAAGCUGCCCUACUACGGCGACGUGCUGCUGGAGGUCAACGGGACGCCCGUCAGUGGACUUACCAACCGGGACACGCUGGCCGUCAUACGACACUUUCGGGAGCCUGUUCGCUUGAAGACGGUCAAACCCGGCAAAGUAUUGAACACGGACCUGCGCCACUACCUCAGUCUGCAGUUUCAGAAGGGCUCGCUGGACCACAAGCUACAACAGAUCAUACGGGACAACCUCUACCUGCGCACCAUCCCGUGCACCACCAGGCUCCCUCGGGAGGGGGAGGUGCCCGGCGUGGACUACAACUUCAUCAGCCUCGGAGACUUCCGGAUCCUGGAGGAGAGCGGCCUUCUCCUGGAGAGCGGCACGUACGAUGGCAACUUCUACGGGACCCCGAAGCCCCCCGCCGAGCCCAACCUAGUUCAGCCCGACCUGGUGGACCAGGUCCUGUUCGACGAGGACUUCGGCGGCGACGUCCCCCGCAAGCGCACCACCUCCGUCAGCAAGAUGGACCGCAAGGACAGCGCCGUGCCCGAGGAGGAGGACGACGACGAGAGGCCACCGCUGGUCAACGGCUUGCCUGAGCACAAGGCCGACUGGAGGCGAGCGGUGCCCAGCUACGCCCAGUCCAGCAGCACCAUGGACUUCCGCACGUGGAGCUCGCUCCCCCGCGACGACAGCCUGGAGCCGCUUCCGCUCAACUGGGAGAUGGCUUACACGGAGACGGGCAUGGUCUACUUCAUCGAUCACAACACCAAGACAACCACGUGGUUGGACCCCCGCUUGGCCAAGAAGGCAAAGCCCCCCGAGAAGUGCGAGGAUGGAGAGUUACCUUACGGCUGGGAGGAAAUUGACGACCCGCAAUACGGCACAUACUACGUGGACCACAUCAACCAGAAAACCCAGUUUGAGAACCCGGUCCUGGAGGCCAAGAAGAGGCUCAGCCAGGGGACGGCCACCAUCCAGAAGGCCGCUGCGUCUCAUGGUAAGAGCGCCGUGCCGGGCUUCACUGUCGACCCGAGCCAGCUGAAGGGCGACAUGUACCGCACGGCGCUGAAGAAGAGCUCGCAGGGCUUCGGCUUCACCAUCAUCGGGGGCGACCGCACCGACGAGUUCCUGCAAGUGAAAAACGUCUUCAGUGACGGCCCCGCUGCCCACGACAACAAAAUGGCCUCUGGUGAUGUGAUCGUGGAAAUUAAUGGAUUAUGCGUUCUGGGGAAGACCCAUCCGGAGGUGGUGCAGAUGUUCCAGUCCAUUCCCGUCAACCAGUACGCGGGCAUGGUCCUCUGCCGCGGCUACCCGCUUCCCCCGGACGUGGAUCUCAACACCGACGACCCUCUGCCGCCGCCUCCACCGCCGGCCAACCACCCACCGCAGGCGCUGCACGGUGGCGAGGUGGUGACGGCCGUGCCGCUCAUCAACGGGCAGCCGCUUUUGGUCAAAGGCGACGUCCUGCACGGCUCUUCCCAGGAGCUCCACUACGUCACCACCGACUCCAGCGGCCGGCCGGUCGUCGCCGCCUUGCCCAAUGGCAGGCAGGGCGACUCGUCCGCUGGGAUGCUCCAACCGGAGCUGGUGAGCGUGCCGCUGAUCAAGGGGCCAGGCGGGUUCGGCUUCGCCAUCGCCGACUGCCCGCUGGGCCAGAAGGUGAAGAUGAUCCUGGACGUACAGUGGUGCCGCGGCCUUCAGAAAGGGGACGUCAUCAAGGAGAUCAACAGGCAGAAUGUGCAGACGCUGAGCCACGCGCAGGUGGUGGACAUCCUCAAAGACUUCCCCGUGGGGAGUGAGGUCGAAGUGCUUGUGCUGCGUGGAGGUCAAACGUCGCCUGUGAAGAGUCUCAAGCCUAGGCAGGAAAUGACGGCCAGCACAGAGACACUGGACGCCAUCGGCGAUUCGGCUCCCCAUGCGCUACAUUACCACUCCAACACGAGUACCCUGCGUGCUGCCGCAGCCGACUCCCCCAAGCGAGACGCCACCGAGAUGUACCUGAAAUCCAAAGCCCUGCUGGAGAGCAGACAGCCCCACACCAAAGACAUUGAUGUGUUCCUCAAGAGGGAUAUCGAGACGGGCUUUGGCUUCCGUGUUCUGGGCGGAGAAGGUCCACAGCAGCCAAACGUGUUCCCCCAGGUGUACAUCGGGGCCAUCGUGCCCAACGGCGCCGCGGAAAAGGACGGCCGCCUGCGGGCCGGAGACGAACUCAUCGGCAUCGACGGCGUGAUGGUGAAAGGCCGCUCACACAAGCAAGUGCUGGACCUCAUGACCAACGCCGCCCGCAACGGUCAAGUCAUGCUAACGGUGCGCAGGAAAGUCAUCUACAGAGACACCACAGAGGAGGAGGAAAUGGCGCCGACGCUGGUGAACGGCUCCCCCAAACUACCUCGGUUGCCCAUGCCCAGCGCCCUUGACCACGAGUCCUUCGACAUCACGCUGCACCGCAAAGACACCGAGGGUUUCGGUUUCGUCAUCCUCACAUCCAAGAGCAGACCCCCGCACGGAGUUAUCCCGCACAAGAUCGGCCGCAUCAUCGAAGGCAGCCCGACGGACCGUUGUGGCCUGCUGCACGUCGGCGACCGCAUCUCGGCCGUCAACGGUCGCUCCAUCCUGGAGCUCUCGCACAACGACAUCGUCCAGCUCAUCAAGGACGCCGGCAACGUGGUCACGCUCACUGUGGUGCCCGAGGACGAGUACAAGGGUCCCCCAUCUGGUGCCAGUUCCGCUCGACAGAGUCCAGCUCUUCAGCACCGAGCCAUCGGCCAACGCUCGGCGCUACAGGAUGAACGCUACAACCUGGACCUGGAAGACAAACGAGAUGGCAUCUCCUGGUCCGAACACAAAAACAUCCCAGUGGAGCAGGGGGCUCUGUGUGUGACCGGACCCAACCAGGGCUGUGUGACCGUUGAGCUGGACAGGAGCCCCAGAGGCUUCGGCUUUAGCCUGCGAGGGGGCACCGAGUACAACAUGGGUCUGUACAUUCUGAGACUGGCUGAGGAUGGCCCCGCCCAGCUGGAUGGAAGGAUCCAUGUCGGAGACGAGAUCGUGGAGAUCAACGGCGAGCCGGCCCGCGGCAUUUCGCACACGCGCGCCAUCGAGCUGAUCCAAGCGGGAGGAAGCAAAGUGGCGCUGCUGCUCCGACCCGGCGCCGGCCUGACUCAAGAUGCCAGUAAAAAACACAUUUCUCCCUCCAACUCCCCCAGAGAGGUGUUUUUCUCGGACACAUCACCCUUGUUCUCUCCAUACCUCACCGGGGCUUCCAUCCUCGCAUCCAUUCCUGACUCCGGCGGUCCGAAACACACUCGGCGCCGGGGCGGCACGUCCUCGCCGCGGGGUUUGAGCUCGGUGGCGGAGCGGGACGAACAGUGGGACGAGGAGACCGGGACGACGCCGAUGACGCCGGGGAGGAUGACGAGCGGCCCGAAAGCAAGAGGGACUUUAUUCGAAGCCAAAGACGAGCCUCGCGGGGCCGGGCGAACUGAGAGCCGGGCGCCUGUAGCAACGUGCGGCGAGAACAGAACCAUCCGAACACGGUCAGCAAGCCUCGGGGCGGGACCUCGGCCGAGCGGCAUCCGGAAGAAGAAGGACUCCGGGAGCAGCGAGAGCAGAGGUGGUCUGAGUUCGGGACCGAUCCGCGACCCGGCAAGACAAUCCCAAACCCGCAGAGCAAGCGAGAGAAGCUCUGUCCAGAGAGACGUCAACAGCAGCCAGAGCUCAGAGGACUGGAAGAGACGUAAAGACACUUGUUUGAAAGGUUCCCCAGUUACCCCGAGCAAGGCGGAACCUGUGGCCUCCAGGACUCCCAGGAGCCCUCCCAAGGGCCCACCCAUUAGCCCCGGCAAAUGGAAAGUACCCAGCCAAGCCCGGAUCCUCACGCAGGCAGAGGUCCUCCGCCACCCUUUUUGGUAGGAUCCUCAGCCGAUCGUUCGAAGUGCUUCCAGCUGACACUUUUAUAGCCCUUUGAUGGUCUUUUUUUGGGGGGGGGGAAUACACCGGUGGCGUUGUAGCAGCCCCCAGCCCGCCGCCCCUCUGCCUCCACUCGCUGCUCUCGGAUAAGCGGAACGUCUCGCUGUGUGAAUUUGUGCCAAUCGCAUCCAUCCGCUUCAUUAUGCAAGGCAAGGAGGGAAGCUCGCUGGGGAAUAUUUUUGUAUUUUGCAUGCAGUCGAUCCUUCUUUUUGACACACAAGACGACCGUUCUUCAUCGCCCCGUGUUCAACUCCAGACUGUUCGCUCUCUUCCAUACGCAUCCUUCAAAUGACCAGAAACUUGUGCUUUUUGACAUCUUGUUUACUGAGCGUACAAAACAACAGCGAUAAGAUUUGAU